AUGGGCGUCCCGUGGAACGGCAGCGAGGGCUUUGAGGCCCCCGCCGGGGCGGCCCCGCCGGGGCGCUGGGCGCGGCUGCCGCCGUGCGAGUGGAGCCGCUGCUCGGCCUUCCCGCUGGGGGCCCUGGUGCCGGUGACGGCCGUGUGCCUGGGCCUGUUCGCCGUGGGCGUCGGCGGCAACGUGCUGACCGUGCUGCUGGUCCGGCGGCGCCGGGCCCCGCGCACCAGCACCCAGCUGUACCUGGCCAGCCUGGCGGUGUCGGACCUGCUGGUGCUGCUGGGCCUGCCGCUGGACCUGUACCGCCUGUGGCGGUCCCGGCCGUGGGUGUUCGGGCCGCUGCUGUGCCGCCUGUCGCUGUACGUGGGCGAGGGCUGCACGUACGCCUCGCUGCUGCACGUCACGGCGCUGGGCGCCGAGCGCUACCUGGCCGUGUGCCGCCCGCUGAGGGCCCGCCGCCUCGUCACCCGCCGACGCGUCAAGGCGCUGCUCGCCGCGCUCUGGGCCGUGGCGCUGCUCUCCGCCGGGCCCUUCUUCUUCCUGGUGGGCGUCCAGUACGACGCCGAGAGCCCCGCCCCGGGGGCGCCGCCGUCGCCGUCGCCGUCGCCGUCGCCGUCGCCGUCGCCGUCCCCCCCACCGCCGUCCCCGUUCAGCCGGGAGUGCCGCCCCGACGGGUCCCAGCGGGUCUGGCUGCGCGCCAUGCUGUGGCUGACCACCGCCUACUUCUUCGUGCCCCUGCUCUGCCUCUGCGUCCUCUACGGCCUCAUCGGCCGCCGGCUCCGCCGGACCCCCCGACAGGCCCUCCGGCCCGGAGCCCCCGGACCCGACGCCCACCGGCGCACCGUGCGGCUCCUCGUGGUGGUGGUUCUGGCUUUUGUGGUAUGCUGGUUGCCUUUCCAUGUUGGCAGGAUCAUUUAUAUAAAUACAGAAGAUUCCAGGAUGAUGCACUUUUCCCAGUAUUUUAAUAUCGUUGCUUUGCAGCUUUUCUAUCUGAGUGCAUCCAUCAACCCUAUCCUCUACAAUCUCAUUUCAAAGAAGUACAGAGCAGGAGUCUACAAGCUUCUGCUUGCCAAAAAAUCUGGAGAAAGAAGUUUUUCAGUCACCAAAGAUACUGGAGUGGAUACUGGCGGCCGUACCGGGACCACUUCCAGCAUAAAAAGUAACUGUGCAACUAACUCUGCCUUGCAAGUUAGCGCUGGUGCACAAGCAAGUAAGAAUUCUACUCAAAAAUAAAAAUGAUCUUUAUAAUAGAGUCCCACUCCAAGGA